AGUCUUUCACAUAUCUUCUGGGAAUUUGAAAAGCAUUACUCAACAAAUUUUGCAAAUAUCCUUAGUCAAUUAACAGCCUUUCUAUGGAUUCAAGUCGUUCGGCUAAAGAAAGCGGCGAUAUUGCCAUUCCGGUGAGGGAGAUCAAGUCUUUAAAGUCAGGGAAGGGUGGACCUCCGGUGCCAACCACUGUGAGACUCGGCGAUCAGCCACCACCAGCUGCCGGCUGGAAGAGAGGUGUUGGCAUUAUUGAUCUCGUUCUGAGAAUAUUUGCCAUUGCUGCUACUCUAGGUGCUGCUGCUGUUAUGGGUACCACCAGCCAAAACCUCCCUUUCUUCACUCGGUUCUUCCAGUUCCAAGCCAGCUACGACGAUUUCCCUACGUUCACGUUUUUCUUGGCGGGAAAUGCGAUAACAUGUGCAUAUCUCGUACUCUCCGUGCCGUUCUCGAUUGUGUGUAUCGUUCGCCCACAUAUCGUAGGAGCUAGGAUGUUGCUCUUUCUUUUCGACACGCUAGCGUUGGCUUUGACCAUGGCAGCUGCAUCGGCGGCGGCUGCCAUCGUCUAUUUGGCACACAACGGAAACCCCAACACCAAUUGGCCGGCGCUUUGCCAGCAGUUUAACGAGUUCUGCCCACGUGUCAGUGGCGCGGUGGUGGGUUCCUUUCUUGCGGCGCUCAUUUUGGUGGUUUUGGUCGUGCUGUCUGCCGCCGCUCUACGGAGGAACUGAUCACAAAUUGGGCCAUCACUUCACACAAAAAUUGUCUUUUUAUUUUAUUUUCUGUGAUUGUGUUUGAGAGUUGAAACUGUGGGUGGGUGUCCUUGUUGGUCUUUGGGGGUGGUACAGGGGUAAUUAUGUCAUUUGAGGUGGGUUACAUUGUAAUUUUCUGUUUA